CUCCGGAAGUGCGUCAUUACUUCAACGCCGGAAGUAAGGGCGUUAUAUUGGACAGCGCUUGGCGGGUGUUGGCAGGAUGGCCUCAGAUGACUCGCCUCUCCCUCACACCCUACGCUGCUCCCUGCAGAAGUGUUUUUGCUCCCUGCAGGAGCAACAUGAAACCUGGAAGCGUGUGCUGGCUGCAUGCACGUCUCUUCUGGGUUCCCUGAGCAACCUGGCAGAACAGAUGCAGGCAUCCCAAAAAGUGGACUUUGCCAACACCCCACUGCGAGACUUCCCAAGUCUACCAGAGAGGCUGAGAUGCCACCAGCGAUGUGCAGCGGAAGCUUUGCUGGAGGAGCUUUGGGGAAAACAACUUGAGCUGCAGAAAGUGCGGGAUACAGUUGGCAUUCAGAUAGCCUCUGUUUUCCAGCUCUAUGAGCAGCAAGAAGACCUGAGCCAGGAGAGGGCCUUCCAGCGCUCUGUGCUUUGCCCGUCCUUGGUGGAUAUGUUAGAGUGGCUGCUGGACGUGGAAGGUUUUUAUCACAGCAUCUACUUGGAAGUCAAGAUGCUGCUUCUCCAGGUCACGUAUGAAGACAUGCCCAAGAUGCAGGCUCUUCCACAGGCCUGGGAGCAGGUGCUGCAACACAGCCUCCAAAAUGUGGUAGAAGAUGCUCUACUGAAAGCCUCCUUCUUCCUGGAAGCCGGGUGAGGAUCUGCCUCUGCAGGAUGGCCCGAACAGCUCUCCACCCCUCCGCACUGGGCUUUCCUGCCCUGUGGCAGAAGACAAGCCUGGUUUCGCAGGCAGGUGACAUGGCUGGGAGUGAGCAGCCUGUGAAGGCAGUGGCAGUGGUGGGCUGCUGCCCUUGGGCUCCUUGCCCCUGGUUGGGGUGGGAUGGGGAGGCUCUCUGCAUUAAUAAAAUGGAUUAUGUUCCCUUA